CCAUCCUCUCUGCGCACCGUGCCUGGCAGCGGCUCAACUCUCGGCUUCUGCAGACACCGUGGUCGGAAAAUGCGCUCUUCUCCGUGGAGCAGGCGGUCUCUGUUGCUUCACACGAGCGCACGGGAUGAUUGCGCGUCGCGGAGCGGUUAUUUACCACCGAGGCUUUCUAGGUAUUGGUGAGACAUACAGGGAAACCGUGUCACAACGUGCGUUGCAUGCAGUCCUGGGAUGUAUUUUUCCACUCCGCUGACUUAUCCAACCCUCGCAAUGUGCACACUUGUAGAUUUGAUCUAAAGGGCGUGUCGGCUGUUAGGCUGCGCGUUUUCAACUGGGAAUCCAUUUGUCUGCAGGGGGAUUUGAGCGCCAAGAAGGAGCUGACAGACAGACAGACGGAGGGAGCCUGUGGUCUUCAGGCAAAGGGGGGUGGGUUUCUCGACUGCGCUGCGCAGACAAGCGGCGGAGCGGACAGCCUCUGUAAACCUCGUCCUCCUCCUCCACAACAACACGGGACAGGAGGAAGAAGGAAAGACAGGGGAGGAGACGUGCAGGAGGUCUGUGGGGUUGAAAUCUGGAAACAUACGGCGGUAAAAUGACGAUGUCUGUCCCGGAGAGGAAAUCAGGAUCGGAAGGGAAGGAGGAGGAGAGCGAGGACGAGAGUGAGAUCCUGGAGGAGAGUCCCUGCGGCCGCUGGCAGAAACGCAAAGAGCAGGUCAGUCAGGGAAAUGUCCCUGGCGUGGAAAGUGCUUCCCUGGCCAUGGACACAGAGGAAGGCGUUGAGGUGGUGUGGAACGAAGUUCUCUUCUCAGACAAAAAGGUCUUCAAAGCACAGGAGGAAAAAAUCAAAGAGAUGUUUGAGAACCUGAUGCAGGUCGAACACCCCAACAUUGUUAAGUUCCACAAGUACUGGCUGGACAUGAAAGAGACCCAGGCUCGGGUCAUUUUUAUCACUGAAUACAUGUCUUCAGGGAGCCUCAAGCAGUUCCUGAAGAAGACAAAAAAGAACCACAAAACCAUGAAUGUGAAGGCCUGGAAGAGAUGGUGUACCCAGAUUCUGUCGGCACUCAAUUAUCUGCACUCCUGCGACCCACCGAUAAUCCAUGGCAACCUAACCUGUGACACAAUCUUCAUCCAGCACAAUGGGCUCAUCAAGAUUGGCUCAGUGUGGCACCGGCUGUUUGUUAAUGUGUUCCCAGAUGCUAGCGUCCACAGCAAAGGAAGGCAACACCGGGAUGAGCAGAGGAAUCUCCAUUUUUUUGCUCCUGAAUAUGGAGCUGGUGAGGAUGACUACUCCAUAGACAUUUUCUCCUUUGGCAUCUGUGCUCUAGAGAUGGCAGUACUGGAAAUUCAAGCCAAUGGAGAUUCUGCUGUAUCCAAGGAGGCCAUUGUAAAUGCAGGUCAAUCUCUGGAAGACCCUCUCAUGAGAGAGUUCACGCAGUCGUGUUUGCGUCACGAUGCCAACCUCCGUCCCACAGCUCACGACCUUCUGUUCCACAGAGUCCUGUUCGAAGUCCACUCCCUCAAACUGCUCGCCGCCCACUGCCUCAUCAACAACCAGUAUUUGCUUCCUGAGAACUGUGUGGAGGAGAAAACAAAGUCAUUUGACCCCAACGCUGUCAUGGCAGAGAUUAGACAUGAUGACAGACCCGGAGUUCAGCUCAAGUAUUCCCAUGUUUCCCCUUUAGAGCUUGACAAGUUUCUGGAGGAUGUUAAGAAUGGGAUUUACCCCUUGAUGAACUUUGCCACGUCUCGGCCUCACCCCGUCCCUCGAGCUCUGUCCUUGUCUCAGGAGCAGGUUGAGACGGUGAAAACACCAACUCCUGAACCUCAGGAGACAGAAACGAGGAAGGUUAUUCAGAUGCAAUGUAAUUUGGAAUCAAAUGAAGAAGGGACCAAAACUCAUCUCUCCUUGUUUCUGAAGAUGGACGACAAACUUCAUCGGCAGCUAAGCUGUGACAUCUUUCCAACGGACACUCCAAAAGACCUCGCCAGUGAACUCGUCCACUAUGCCUUCAUAAACGAGGAGGACAGUGAGAAGGUAGCUGCAUUCCUAGAGGACUCCAUCAGUCGACACCGGGUCCGCGCGCUGGCCGCCGGGAGCAACCAGUGACGGCGGUGUCGCGACAGCAGCUGGGACUGAUGGAGGAGGUUCCCCCUCGGGGGGAUGUUGAUCACACGGGUGGAGAAAGAGAGGGAAGCAGACAGACAGCUGUGGAAGACAUUGUCCAGGACGCUAAACAGGACAGAGGGUGAAUGCUGAAACGCUUUGAAAGUCAGUAAAUUAUCCCAGUUAGUUGGAAGGAAAACGACAGCAGCUAGAGUGAAACCGAAGGCGUUUCUGGUUGGAGGACUGGAUACACCUCGUACCUUCCCCACAGAGCAGUGGCAGAUCCACAGAGUCCCUGCCUAAAAGGGCUACCAUGCCUUACACAUUCAGUUUUCCGUAAUGUGAUGUUUGAGAAAGACAUUGUACUGUUCCAAGCCUCCUUUUGCACUUCAGUGCCCAUUUUUAUUGACUCACAAACAGAAACAAGUGAUUUUCUAAAGCCUCCGUCCCUCUCAAGCCUUCAGCCAUCACAGUUUUCAGGAAUUUAAUAUUCCACCCUACAUGCACUGUUAAUACUCAUCCAGUUAUUUAUUUCUACCCCGUAACUGUGAACCAUGGAAACAUUGCACAGCUUCUUCUUCCUUACUUGAUUUUACCUCCCUUCCUUGCACUCUUAGCAUUAAAGGCCACUUCUCCCACAGCUUAACAUGCCUCGUCUUAAUGCAUCUAUAUGUCAAGCUAUGAGAGGACGCCUUUUUUAGUGUUUCUUAAAGGUUUUCCCUGUGAACGUGUUCUGGAAGCCAAAGACCUGCAAAGUGCCUGAUGUGGCAAUGAAAUGGCAUCAUACCCAACUUUGCAAAUUUGGGAAAAAUAAUCAUUCAUGGUUGGUCUGUUUCUUCUAAACAAGUUUACGUCUCUUUAUUUGGAAUUUAUAAAGUCAACUUGUCUGAAAAUGAAAAGAAAUUUGGUACCUGAAGUUAUAAUUGGACUUAAAGAUGGGAUCAUUUUGCUCUCAGCUGCAGCAAGUCUAACAUUACAGGAGUGUUGGGUGUAAACAUUUACAAGAAAAAGUUGCCAUAUUGUUGAUCAGUUUCUCUGCUCUAUAGUCAUUUUAUUAAAAUUGUUUUGUAAAUAUAUUUGAGAUCAUUGAAAGGCAAAUUCUACCCACUUCUUAGAAAUUGAACUAAGUUUUAUUUGCUAUAUCUGUGCUUUAUAAUCUGUGGUGUUUUGAGUAAGAAUGUAGCUAAUUGCAAUAAGAUAAUAUAAUCAUGGCUCUCUGAACUCAAACUGAUUUGUUUUUGUUUGGGGUUUUUUAACUCGAGCAGGUUUACACGAGUCUGCUAGGAUUUAUUCCUGAUUACUUUAUGGUUCCUUCAGAGUCAGAUUGAAGUUUUUUCCAGGCCUUUCCUUCCUUCCAUGCUUCUUUCUUUCCUUCCUUCCUUCCCUCCAUUCUUAGUUCAUUCCAAGCAACUCUCCAUCUGUCCUUCCUUCCCUCUCUGCAUCUAUCCUUCCCUUGUUCCUUCCUUCCUUUCUCCUUUCCUUUCUUCCAUCCAUCUAUCUCUCCUUCCUCCCUUCUCUGCAUCUAUCCUUCCUUCCUUCCAUCCAUUCAUCCUUUCUUACUUUCUGUCUUCUAUCUUUGCUUACAUUUUUCCAACUCUCCAUUUGUCCUUCCUUCCUUCCUUCUCUGCAGCCAUCAUUUCUUCCAUCCAUCCAUCCAUCUUUCCUUCCUUACUUUCUGUCUUCUAUCUUUCUUAUCAAUAUUUACCAGAUUCAUUUAAAUUGGCUCCAUUUUUUUAAUGUGUGCAGAGUGUAGGGAGGUUGUAAGCUUGCAGAUUCAUAACAAUUAUGCUGCUGUACAGUCAUUGCUAACAGUACUUACUAUGGUCUAAUUAUAUCAGUGUUUCUGUAAAGACAGGAACCCUGAAUUCUCCCAGACAGUUGGAUUGUAUAUACUUGGUUGUGGCUAUGUAAGGGGAGUUGCAUUAAACAACCUCUUAAUUAAACACAACACAAUGCAGUGCCAGUGUGGCUCUCCUUUGUUCUAGUAAACUGCAUGUCUUAAUAACUUGCAACCAUUCGAAACUUUGCAUUUUGCCUUUUUUUUUUUUGUCCGUCACAGUUGAGUUCCAGAGGUGAGCUGACCAAGUAAAUGAAUGUUCAGACUGUAUGAGAAUAUAAAAAAGACAUGCAUAUCAGUCUUACUUUAUGUCAGAUGACUUUUUUUCUCUGUGACUCUGUUGAAUGAAAAUUGCCUUUGGAUGUGUUAAAACUUUGUUGAAUAUUGUAGCAUCUAUGAUUAAAAUACGAAAAAAAAA